CUGUGGAGUUGUGUGCAUACAUGCAUGCGUGUUGGUGUGCAUGCGUGUUGGUGUGCAUGUGUGUUAUGAUGAUGACUAAUGUACAAAGACGACGACGAUGACGACGACGGCGACGAUGAUGAUGAUGGUGUAUGACGUUGAGCAAACAAGAUUAGCAUACGGGUCUACUUAACCGUUUGUGCACCCUUGGCAAGCUUAGAAUUACACUUUGCGAGAUGUCCAAGCGCGAAACGGUCCACGCGAUUAUCAAAGACAACAAAGUUGUCGUCUUUUCGCAGACCUUUUGUUGUUACUGCGCCUCGGCGAAGAAAACGCUCAACGAAUUGGGCGUCAAGUUCGAGGUGAUCGAGUUGGACGAAAGAGAAGAUGGAGAGAUUAUAAAGGACAUUUUAGCUGAGGUUACCGGAGAACGAAUGUUUCCGCGUGUGUUUAUUGGUGGUGAAAGCAUUGGUGGUAACUCUGAUCUACAAGCUGUCCACAGCAGCGGUCAGUUGGUACAUAAACUACAGAAGGCUGGUGCUCUUUGAUUCUUUGCGCAAACAGCUCACACUUGAAGCAUGAACUAUGAUAGAGAGUAUAUAGUCUAUAGUGUCCAACUUUUGUGCGGCUUGAGUAUUGUUUGCACUGUAUGGUUAAUUUAUAAUAGCUACUAGAAUAGACUACAGAAGCUGUUCUGCA